AUGAAGUACAUCGUGGUAUCUGGAGGCGUCAUCUCUGGGGCAGGGAAGGGCAUCGUCGCUUCGAGCGCAGGUCUGCUACUACAAAGUAAAGGGUUUAUCGUCAGCACCAUCAAGAUAGACCCCUACAUCAACAUCGAUUCGGGGACUAUGAGCCCACUCCACCAUGGAGAGAUCUAUGUGACGGAGGAUGGGGGUGAGGUAAAUCUUGACCUUGGCAACUACGAGCGUUACCUUGCAACUACUCUCCAACGUGGUCAUAACAUCACGACAGGGAAGAUCUAUCUAGACAUCAUCUCUAGGGAACGGGCCGGUGAUUAUUUAGGCAAAACUGUUCAGGUGGUACCUCAUGUCACCAACGCCAUCCAGGAAUACAUCGAACGGACAGCAAAGAUACCUGUGGACGAGUCCCAAACCGAGCCUGAUGUGUGUAUUAUUGAGCUAGGCGGGACCGUCGGCGAUAUCGAGAGUUCUCCCUUUAUCUACGCGCUUGCUCAGCUUCGAAAAAGGGUCGGCAAAGAGAAUUUCGUUCAAAUCCACGUAGCUUAUGUCCCUGUCGUGCCGCCAGGAACUUUUGGUGAGCAAAAGACGAAGCCGACUCAAAGAUCCAUAGCCGACGUUCGGAGCACUGGAUUGAGUCCACUUCUAGUUGCCUGCCGCUGCGAGGUGCCGUUGGAUCCAGGUACCAUCCAGAAAAUCGCCAAUAUGUGCGCAAUGGAGCCAGAACAAGUCAUUUCCGUACACGACGGAUCAACUACAUACAACGUACCCCUUCUCCUCGAGAAACAAAAUCUCCUCAGCAUUCUCUGCGAGUACCUCGAACUUCCACUUGAUCGAACACCCACCCAGCACAUAGAACAAGGCAAGCGCAUGUGGAAUGACUGGGUUCAUCUUGUUCGAAGUCAGGAUACCAUCACCGACACAGUCUCAAUCGCCCUUGUGGGAAAAUACACCUCCAAUAAAGACGCCUACCUCAGUGUCUCAAAGUCAAUCGAACACGCGGCCAUGUACUGCCACAAGAAAGUCAAAAUCGUAUGGAUUGACGCCGCGCAUCUCGAGGACGAGACGUAUCAAAACUCUGCAGUCAAGUUUCACAAAGCCUGGCAUGAUCUCUGUAGCGUCAAGGGCAUUGUCGUGCCUGGUGGCUUUGGGACUCGCGCCACCGGCGGGAUAAUCAAGGCUAUCACAUGGGCAAGGAUUAAUAAAAAGCCAUUCCUAGGUAUAUGCCUUGGCAUGCAACUCGCAGUAGUUGAAUAUGCCCGCCAUGUCAUGGGUAUCCCGGACGCUGGGAGCCAAGAGCUCCACCCGGAAUCCACGAACCAUGUUAUCAUUUACAUGCCUGGACAUAAUCAGGAAAGCGGCAGUGACACCAUGCGUCUGGGCAAGCAUCCAUGCAUCUUCAAGGAUGAUACCGAGUGGUCGAAGUUGCGAUCGUUGUAUGGCCCCACGAUUUCCCAGAUUGAGGAGCGUCACCGUAACCGGUACGAAAUCAACCCGGAAAUAGUUGACGAGCUUGAGAAGGCCGGUCUUGCUGUUGUUGGCAAAGAUGCUACCGGCAAACGUAUCGAGAUUGUCGAGAUCCGUGAUCAUCCCUUUUUUGUCGGUGUGCAAUUCCACCCUGAAUACUUGAGCCAUGUGUUGCGGCCGAGUAAGGUCUUCCUCGGCUUCUUUGCUGCUGCAGCUAGGUGCUUGGAGAAGAUCCCCAUGGCAUUGCAUCAGGGCCAGCGAAGCCUUGUGGAAGAAUAUUAA